CUCUUUCUUUCUUUCUUUCUUUCUCUCUUCUCUCUCUUUUUCUCUCUGGGAAUGGUCAGUCAAUUUCACCACUGAGAGCUCAAAAUCGCCUGACCUUGACCUCUUACUCUCUCUUAUCUCUUCCCCAAACACUUCCCAGUUUUAGAAGAAGAGAGCCAUCAUCAUGAUGCAAUCUGGAGAAUUCCCUGCAUGGCUUGAAGUUUUGUUAAAAGACAAGUUUUUCAACGCUUGUUUGCAUCAUGAAGAUGUUAAGAAGAACGAGAAGAACAUUUUAUGUAUCGACUGUUGUCUUAGCAUCUGUCCUCACUGUCUCUCUUCCCAUACCUCUCAUCGUCUCCUUCAGAUAAGAAGAUACGUGUACAGAGACGUUUUGAGGGUAGAUGAUGGUUCGAAGCUAAUGGAUUGCUCUUCAAUUCAGCCAUACAUAACGAACAGUUCUAAAGUUGUGUUCAUCAAUGAACGACCUCAGUCUCGGCAGUUUCGUGGUUCCGGCAACAUUUGCAUCACCUGUGACCGGAGUCUCCAGUCUCCUUACCUCUUCUGCUCUCUCUCCUGCAAGAUUAGUGACGUCAUAAUGAGACAAAGAGCACUCUCAGGCUUUCUCCGCGUCUGCAACGUUCUCGAUUUAGCCGACGAAGUCACGACAACGACAACGACAACGACGCCCAGCUCCACUCUCGAACCGACCGGGUCGACCCGUACGUCUUCCGAGUCAGGAGGAGGAGACAUGUUCUGGUGUCAGGCGCUCGCUUGCACCGCUACUACUGAAAUCGUUAGGAAGAAAAGAAGCAGCUUGUCGACGACGACUUGCCGGAGAGUCACGGAGGAGGUGGUUUCAACUACUAACACGGAAACUCCGGCGAACUUUUUAAACCGACGGAAGAUUACGCCGCCGCAGCGUGCUCCCCUCUAUUAACUCGUAACGUUCGUUUGUGAAGUUUGGUUGGUCAGUCAGGAGUGGUAAGUAGAAUGAAUACACGUAACUAUUAUAGUCUUAUUUUAUAUAAUUAAUCAAGUAUCUAAAUAUCGAAAAGUUAGGUUCUUAAGAAAAAAAUGAAAGUAUGGGAAUUAAAAUAGAGAGAUGUCUGUCCUGGUUUUGUCUGACUCUGAUCUGUA